CGGGGCAUUUAGCGGGGCUGCCAGAGCGCUCACGGGACGCUGCGAGCACCUCCUGUUCCCCGGGAAGCAGAACGGCCUGAUCGCUUGCUGGUGUGGGGCCAUGCUGCUGGCAUUGCUAUAGCGCCCCACUACCCGCCAGGCGUUGUAUUACUACUUGCCGAUUAAACCCCGCGGCACAAUCAGCAUCGCAGAUCAAACGGGCCUUUAACGCCAAACUCAAACAUAAGGCUCCUAAUGAAUGAGACUUUUCACUGUAAUUUCCCUUUGUUGCCGUGCUUUGUCCAAUAGGCAUCUUUUUGCAACGGGUGUGUCCCACCUCUUUUUCACCAUAGCUGCUUACUGCCAUAAAAGAGAAUUCUGUGUAUUGCGGCAAAUGCCAAUAGAGAUGCGUUGUCAUAUAUAGGAUAGAUAAAACUAGCUAUGGAGUUGGAACAACAAACAGAAGGUGGAGUCAGAGGAAUACCUUCAGGAAAUCAGAUACUUCAUGGGUAUCCUUGCAAUCUGCCAUCUCGCGCACUGCAACACAUUGUAUUAGCAGGACAUCUGGACAUAAAGGAACAAGCUUCCAGUGAGCCAAAGAAAAGAAAAGGUGGCUGGCCUAAAGGGAAGAAAAGGAAACCUCCAAAGGAAUUUUCCACUCCUCGUGCCCCUACAACAGGGUAUGUAAUAUUCUUGAAUGAGCGGAGAAUUAAAACGAAGGCUAAACAUCCAGAUUUGCCUUUUACUGAAAUAACCAAGAUGCUGGCUGCUCAAUGGUCUCAACUUUCUCAAGCAGGAAAGCAAAAAUAUAUUAAAGAAGCAGAAAAGGAUAAGCAAAGAUAUAUGAAAGAAUUGAAAGCCUAUCAAGACUCUGAAGUCUAUCAAACUUUCUUAGAGAGAAGAGCAGUUCACAAAGUGAAGACCCUGUGUGCUAUAGGAAGUAGAUCUGAGAAUGAAGCUCUUGCUUUGUCAGCAAUAGAUAGAGAUGAAAGCAAUGACCUGUAUUGUCGGACAUGUAACCAGUUUUUCAGUUCUUUUCAUAACAAGAAAGAACACCUUAUGGGAAAGCAACACUUACAGAAUUUAACAGGAGAGUUUGAGAAAGAAACUGCUGAGUUCUCUAAACAUCAGAAACUGCAAGAAGAAAAGGAGGGAAAAGAUGAGUCAGAAGAAGAAAUUGACUCUACAGAUGUGUUUCAGUUUGGGGGCCUGACCUCCCAGAAAAACUUUGCGUCAUCUGAUUUUUGUUUUUUGCAGGAGUUUAUCUUCAGACUUCUGAAGUUUAAAGAGUUUGAACUUUGUGAACUAAAAAGAAGUUUGACAAAGGCGUAUGAAGAACAGGAAAGUUUAAAAAAGCAGUUGGAGGAUCUAAAGAAUCAGCAGCUGAAGUUGGAAAUGGAUUUUGCAUCCAUAAAGGCAUAUAGCGGUACUUUAGAAAAAGAGUUUGAAAAUUUAAAUAUGGUUCCAAUGAUGUUCCAGUUUCAUCUGCAAAUAGUGGACACUACAACACAUGCAUAAAACAAUCUGACCUUGUUGUAGAAGAGUGGUUUUGUCAUUGAAGAACAUUCAUAAACCAAUAUACCCUUUCAGCUAGUACUGUAAAUUACACUCCUCUGCUCUGAAGUUUGAAAAUAAAAAUAGCUAGGAUGGAAAAGAUGAGUGUGAUGAUACGGUCUUCUAGGUUCUUGCAAAAGUCUUUACCAGGAUAGCAAAUAUAGGCAUUUGAGGGAAGAAUAAAUCAGGAAGCUUGUUUGGUCACAGAGUUCCUGAUGGAUGGAAGGCUCAGAAUGUACAGUGUACAUCUUCUGGGCCCUUUUUUCAUGUUAUAUUCAGCAGAAAGUAUUUGUGAAGCUUUGCUCCUAUAUAAACUUUUUGGGGGAGCGUGAGUUGAAGGAGAAUGCACUGUCAGGUUCUGCUUUCAUAGGACUUGUAGAAAUUACUACAUGGUGGAAAACUGAAGGUACAACUUCUGGGAUGGAUUCUGCUCAUUGAAAACCCGCAAGAACAUUUGAUGUGACAUGUUAAAUAUGAAGCAAAAAAUUGUGAUUUGCCUUCAGCCCGGCUGUAAAGGUGAAGAGUGUUCUUUAAAAUCUACAUUAGAUGACGUUUUACUGGCAGAACUUUGAAAUUGCACCUUAUUGUAGAAAUGACUUUUAGCCAUAGGUAUCUGUAUUACUGGUUUUAAUGAUAAUCAUGUCAUCUGUCAGAUUUUUUUUUCCUAACUGUAAAAUGAGGAUACUUCACCUGUUUAAAGGAUGUCCAAGAUUAAUUAGUUAAUGAACCCAAUGCUUCAGAAUUCCUGCUCAUAUGAGUAAUACCAUUGAUGUCAAAGUGAUAACUCACAAGAGUAAGGCUGUUCCUACAAGUAAGGGGUUUUCAGGAUAAACACUGAGUAGAAGUACUUUUAUUAAUUUUAUAAUGUAAUAAUACUCGUUCCCUUUAUUAAAAUUGUUUUUAUAGCUCUGGUCUGCAGCACUGAGGAUGUACCAGGGGACUGAUAUUACAGCCCUUACUCACAUGAGUAUUCCUGCUUAGUAAGGGCUACUAUAUUAGCCCUGUGUAUGAGCACACUGUUAAAUUAUACCAAAAAAUGAUAUUGUGUUAGCAGUAACAUUAUAGAAUAGGGGGAAAUCUAGUAUACUGCAUAUUAAAAUGUUUCUGUAAUAAAAGGUCUAUUUUUCUGAUAGACCUCAUCAAAAAAUGAGAUGUAAUUUUCAUAACAUUGACAAAAAAUUCAUCCUGCAGCUUUUCAUUGGAAUUUCUUUGAAAAAAUUCAUCGAAAUGGUGAAUUUUGAAAAAGUUUGACCAUUUCUACAUAUGAUGGGUGAGACACAUAAUAUUGGAGGCUGAUACCAUCUCCUUAUUUAAUUGCAAGGGGUGUGUGUAGAGUCUUCCAGCAUAGCUCUGGACAUUCAGUUCUACUUCUGUGCCGUAUACUUUAAUUGAAUUUAAAAAGCAGCAUGAUACUCAACCAAUAAAAAGGGGUUACUGUGUAAGAUCACUACUGCAAGGUACCGACACCUCUAAAACCCCAUUGAUUUCUGUGCAAGCUGGAGAUGGUCAAUACCUAUUCAGAGAUAGUCCGCACCUUGCAGGAUUGGAGACUGAGAUCUCAAAUUGACAUCAGGGAUUGUUUCCUAUUAAAAUACUGUUUUAGAAACAACGCACUUUUAAUAUCACUUACUUAGACAACAUCAUUUGCCUUGAGUUCAAAAUACAGUACUUCCUCUGAUAUAAAAACAGAAGAUUAAGAUGAGAAAGGACAAGUCCUCAUCUUAGUUUUGCCGCCACCCCCUACUCUUUGGACAGAAAACCUGCCCAAUAACUCCAUCCUGUGACUCUUCUUAUUUAUUGGUGCCCCGUUCAGUAGGUGUAACAUGGUCUUUGACAGAAAAGCAAAAGGACCUUUUUUCUGCCCCAAGAUGUCUACAAUACAAUUAUCCAUUCAAAUGUAAUUUCAGAAUGGCUAAAUUAUUCUUAAACAAUCCCACUGUGUUUUCUGAUAGACUCUUCCACAUGCAAAUAACUAUAUUAAAUUGGGUUCAUGGGGGAAAAUGAUGGUAUGGGCGACAGAGCAGCUGGCUAGGACUUAAAAGAGAAGAGAGCAGCUACCUCCACUCAUACAUUAGGGAUUUUAUUUGGCCUAAUUGAGGUGGUGUACUAGUAGGAAUUAGUCCAUGUGUGAAUUGUUUGUACUUUGCUUUCAUUCUGUAGACAGUUCAGUGUAAUGACUUUUCCCCAGAGUCUUUCCUCUAUUAUGGGUUUUACUUCCCAGUAGAGGCUUUUUCAAGCAAAGUUUUGUCUCCAAGGUUAAUGCUGAAGGAGGUUUUCCCUUGGGACAGGCUAAAAAGGUUGGGGUUUUAGAGCAGGGAAUGAAGAAGUUGAGAUAACCCAGUUAAAUCUUCCAGGAGGGGGUUCCUAUGUGUCUGGAAAACCCUCUUUUAUUGAGAAUCUGAACUAAAUAUGCUGGAAGUAGAGGAAUUUAGGAUGCAGUAUUUUGUGAGUUUGUAUUACUAACUCUCUCUCUCUCUGUGCAUAAUAAACACUUGUGCACUGAUUGGUCAUUUUUUCUUUGGGGACUAUUUAAUUUUCCUCCAUUAACAGAAUACCCUACACUCAAACCUCCACAUCUCACCUGAGGCCAUCCCCUCAUUUUUUAAAUAAAAAGAGAUGUAAAAGUUCAGUGCAUCACACAACAUCAUCGUUGCUCGUGUUUUUGAUUGUUCAUAUGAUGUAUUCCAUGUGUUUUGCAGAUAUUUAGAUUGUUCUUUUUUGGUCAAAGACUCUGUCUUUCUGAUUGUUCUGUAAGAUACCCCACUCCAAAACAAUAAUCCAUUCAAAUGGCAUGGUGACAUCAUCAGAUAAAAUUUCUGAUGUAAGUAUUACCUCUAUUCUAGAAUAAAGGAGUCUGCUGUUUUAAUUUGAUAACUUGAAAGAGAGCAAUUUAUAUUUUUAAUGGAGGAAAAGGUUCCUCUAUUGUAAACAUUAACUCAUAGUGUGUGUGUAAAUAUUAAACAGCUUUAUUAUACAGGUGAAAAAGGGAUGUGAAUUAUCCAUACUUAAUAUAAAUAAGAUACUGUAGGUAUUUAUUCUGUCAGGGUCAGAUUACUUGUAAAUAUGCAAUAAAAUAUUGAUUUGAUUUUUUUGUACUGUUACUUAUUUGGG